AUGUCCAAAGUCUAUGACCAGUGGGUUUCCAUGGCCAUGGCCGAUGAUACUCUCGUUGCCCACCAGUUACUCCUUUUCCGUCACCGUCAUCAGUCAUCCGUCAACCCCUGGACCUGCCGUCAGCGCCGUACCACCAGGUACCUCGUCCGCACCAGCCCCAGCCCCGCCACCCCCCUCACCCGGACGGCCGUCACCUCUCGUGACGGUUCCGAAGGCUCGACUCAUCCAACGGCACCAAUGCGUUCCUCAGAAUCUAAGCCUGUGGAUAAAAGUGCAACUUCAGCUGAUAAGACUAAGAAUACAUCCUCAAAGAAGAAAAGGAUGGAGUUGUUGUCACGACUGGCCUUGGAAACGGGACAAGCUGUUAAUGUCCAACCAAAACCUAAACCUUUGGAGGCUGAAUACAGUCCAUCAGACAUAGCCCCUGCACAAGAUCAGAUGCAUGAGAACCAAUCACCUGCUUCUGAAGCAGCAUCUGUCAGUGAGGCAGCAACUGAGAUCAAAGAACCUGUCAGUGAAGCAGCAACAACUGCUCCUUCCAACGAACGAAAGAGUGGUGGCCAGCAACCUAGAAUAUUCUUACCCGAUCUGAAUGAAGCUCCCAUGGAUCCUCUGAGUGUAAGUCUUCAGCCAAGGGAUGAAACUUAA